AUGGAGAAAUCUAAGAUAGGCCUUAAUCGACACUGGCUUGUCAUCUUUGUUGCCUCAUCUUUGUUCUUUCUCUUUCUGUAUUGUUUCGAUUAUUCGGCUCGGUUAAGCAGUCAUGAAACAAACUGGGUUACAUCUUUAUUCAAUGAAAAAAAUGCUAAAGAUUCUUGUUCAGGUCGUUACAUAUAUGUUCAUCGUCUUCCCCCGAGAUUCAACGACCAUGUCAUCCAAAAUUGCUCUUCUCUUUACCGAUGGUACAAAAUGUGCCCAUUUGUUACAAACUCAGGUUUUGGUAUGCAAUUAGAAAAGAGUUGGUUUGCAACUAAUCAAUUUCUUUUAGAAGUCAUAUUUCGCGCUAGAAUGAAUCAGUAUGAUUGUUUGACUGAUGAUUCCUCUUUGGCUUCUGCUAUUUUUGUACCUUCCUAUUGUGGCCUUGACCUCGGUCGCUACCUGUGGGAUUAUAAUGCAUCAUUUCGAGACUCUCUGAGUCUUGAUCUUGUCAAGUGGCUGGCACGACAACCUGAAUGGAAGAGAACGUUUGGUAGAGACCACUUCUUUGUUGCUGGACGGAUUGCUUGGGAUUUUCGAAGGCAGAUCGAUAACGACAAUGGUUGGGGAAGCGUUCUCAUGUCGUUGCCGGAAUCUAUGAACAUGACAAUGUUGACCAUUGAAUCAAAUUCAUGGAGUAAUGAAUUUGCAAUCCCAUACCCAACUCACUUCCACCCUUCAAGUGACAGUGAGGUGCUUCAAUGGCAGGACAGAAUCAGAAAACAGAAAAGGAAAUACUUGUUCUCAUUCGCCGGCGCCCCAAGACCUGUUCUGCAAGAUUCUAUCCGUGGUCAGAUCAUUGAUCAAUGCUUAGCUUCGGGGAGAUUAUGCAAGUUGCUGGAUUGUGAAUCCGGGCCAAACAAGUGUGACAACCCGGUUGAGGUGCUUAAGGUGUUUAUGGACUCGAUUUUCUGCCUGCAGCCUCCUGGGGAUUCCUACACCAGGCGAUCAACUUUCGAUUCCAUUGUGGCUGGAUGCAUUCCAGUUUUCUUCCAUCCAGGCUCUGCUUAUGCACAGUACUUGUGGUAUUUGCCAAAGAAGUAUAAUAAAUACUCUGUGUUCAUACCAGCGUACAAGGUGAAAAAUGGGAGCAUCAGCAUUAAUGAGACAUUGCUUCAAGUUUGUGAGGACCGAAUGAUGGAUAUGAGAGAGGAGGUUAUCAAGCUCAUCCCGAAAAUAAUUUAUGCAGAUCCCAGGUCUAAACUAAAGACCACUGAAGAUGCAUUUGACAUAGCAGUAAAAAGAGUCCUUGAAAGAGUUGAAAAAGUGAGAACCGAGAUAAAGGAGGGAAAGGAUCCAGGAAUAGGUUUUGCAGAAGGAAACAGUUGGAAGCUUAAAAUGUCAGAGGCAGGUAUAGAAGAGGACUGGGAUCAUUUCUUCUGA